AUGUCCCUCCAAAUGAUUGAACAGUUGCAAGUUAGUUUUAAUCUGCAAGCUUCUCUUAUUGAUACGCUGCAUGUACAAUUAGAAGAUUACCGCACCCAGGCACAAAAUGCAGCUCACACUGCUGGAUUCUUACAAGAUAAAGUUCAUAAUUUAGAAUCCAAAAAUAUAAUCCUUGAUCAAGCUGUAGACACCUUACAAUGCCUGCGUACUAAGCACUCUCCUUCUUUAAAACUAGGAGGUAAGGCUCGGGGAAGUGCUAUAUUUAAAAAAUCCCCUGUUGCUCAUGAAAACAAAUGGUAUCAGAUUGCCACCUUGUCAGUCGAUCUUCCUUCUGCUUUAAUUAAUGAAGACGACAUUGCUAUGUGGAUGGAGCAUAAAAAUGAAAAUAUUGAGUUUCCUUCACAAACAAUUUCUGUCCCCUCUGCUCCUCCCACGUAUACACAUUUGUAUCCAGAAUUGCCAAUUGAAUUUUCUAAAACUGAUCUUGUUCCUUGUAAUCCUAUAACACGUGGUCCUCAAUUAGAGGCUAACGAAGUGUUAUCAGAUGACAAAUUGAAGGAAAUUUCUGCACAUCAUGCUAGAAUAGAAAAAGAAUAUAAUGAUAUGGAAAUGACUUUACAUAAUGUAAAACAAUCAUUUUCACAAGAACACCAGCAGAGACGAGACUUAGAAGCAGAGUUGUCUGAAGCUGCACGACUAUUAACUGAGACUAAAACUAACCUUGAACGUUUUAGGCUUGACAAUGACGAGUUACAACGGGUAAAUGACAAACUUAAGGCUACUACUAAAAAACAGGAAAAGACUACUAGCAUAUUGCAUGAUACUACACAAGACCUUCAGACUGCUAACAAACAACUGCAAAGUGACCUUAAAGAGGCUAAAACUAAACGACAUGUUGUUAUUUCUGAUCCUGUUAAUGUACACAUGACAGCACCUUCUUCUGUGAAAGCGACAGAAGCCAGGGCUGUCUUAUCUGAAAUAGGGCAAGCUCCUGUAAAUAAGGGUACUAUUGAGGAUUUCAAUAGAUUCACACAUUGGAUCGGAAAACUCCUUCGCUGGGGUUCUUCGGAUUCACAACUAAUAGAGAUUUUUCUGAAAGGUCUGGGAUCCUGUUCAGCUGUCAUAGAAGGUUUUGCACAAACUUUUUCUCAGCUGUUAGAAUGGUGUUGCCAUAAACUAUUUCAUUUGUCUACUCCGUUCCAGAUUAACAAAGCUUUUAUCUCACUUCCUAAUGAGUCUAUCACAGAAACUGCUAACAGCGUAAUUGUUUCCUUGCUGCUCUUACUAAUGGGGCUACUUCUUCAGAAAAACGUUCUGAAAUACAAGCUGACCUUAAAUUGGAUCCAGCAGUGCGGGAGUUAA